CUUUUCCUCUCUAAAGCUAAACAUGACCCAGCCUCUGCUUCACUGCUGCGUUUAGUUCAGUUUAAAGGAGGAAGAACGUCAGAGACAGCUGAGACCAUCAGAGACGAGACGAUAGAGACCUGCAGGUUGUGCAGAACUCCGUCUUCAUCAGGUUAGACGUUGGAUAAAGAGACAAAGACAUGGACUCGCUCAGGACGAGUGUCUUUGUCCUGUUUCUGCUUCUGGAUCCGGUUUCCUGUUCAGCUGUAGAGGUUUUCUUCACUGAUCCAGUUAUCUGCUACUUUCUGGAUGCGUUUCUGAUGGUUUACUGCAUCGUUGCCACAGCUCUGUUCUUCAGAGAAAAGUUUUCCCACAUGCCGCGUGUCGAACUGAUGCCUAAACAUCAGGAGAAAGGAGGAAUUUACCAGGAACUGGAGAGGCCACAUGAUGCAGAUCCAUACCAGGCACUCGAACUGUCAAAAGCAAAGAAAAAAGGUGAAAAGAGAAAUAGAGCAAAGAACCAAGGCCCGAAGAGGGAUAAGGAACUGUACGAGUCCAUUCCCAUCGCCAAUCUUCCCGCUUCGUCUCCUUCGUGAUUUAAGUCAAGACAGCUCUGCAAAAUACAACUGCUUCCAUUCAUCGGUCACAAGUUUUUAACAAAAUACCUGGCUUCCAUCUCUUAAACGUGGUGAUCUGCGCUAAUUGAUGCAACAAAAACGAGGCACGUGUCACAAUGUUUGGAAAAUGGUUUAAUGAUGUUUUACAACAAAAAGGAACUGUACAGUUACAGUAAAAGAUUAUCUUUGUAUGUGUAUAAAAACAAAAACAAAAAUACAGCAGACAAAUGCUUCAAAAUCUA